AUGAGCUCCUCUCUACCGCCCUUUGCGCCGUUCCCAAAGGCUUCGUGGCGGCAGCACAUCUCCCCAGAUGAGUGGGAAGCUCUAUCAGAAGCUUGGAUCGCCCUCUCACAAGCCUAUCUCGACCUGGACGAUGCCGCAUUCAAAAAGGAGGCCACAGACGACAGCUCUCUAACGACAUUUGUAUCGACCUUUGCAGAGGAGGCGGCAGCAGCAGAGUCCGAUGCAAAGACAACAACAAUAGCGUCAUCAUCCCCCCGGCUCCUCAAGACGAUAUUCCGCCUCGCAUCGCGCAUCCUCACAGCCUCGCCCCCUCCUCGUCUCCUAGACGCCCGCUUCCUCGCCGGACUAUGCCGGAUAUUCCCAAAGAAUCACACAGCGCCUCUGCUGGCGCGGCUCUUCUCCAGCAGCCACGCCGCCGCCGCUGUCGAAUCCUCUCUGCUCUCCCUCAAGAAGCUCCUCAUCCCGCACCUCGACGCCGGCAGCAAGGGGGAUCUCAAGCUCGUCGAGCGGGAGCUCACGCAGCUGAACCCGCUGCUGCACGCCUCGCCCGACGCGUGCAUGCUGCUGCUCGCGGGUUCCGACUUCUUCGACGGCCUGGUGACGUGCUUCCGCGUCGUCAACCCGCCCCUGCGCAAGGCCAUCAUCACCACCGUGUAUCUGUGUCUCGUUGGGUUGACGGAGGUGGAGCCCCCGAAAUGGUCCAUGAUUAGCGAUCAGCUGUAUGCCAUUCAGGUGGCUGCCGAGGCGCACAGGAAGGGGCCCCUGAAUGCCAACGACUCUCUGGGAGCGGAUCUUGUGACGAAUACUCCUAUACUGAAGACGCUGCUCCGAAAAGUUGAAUCAUCAACAUCGGCACCGUCCAACAUCAAGAAUCGCAUCACAGCAUUGGAAUCCUUCAAAACGGGCAUCAUCGUCCGGCCGAAGAAGAAGCUGGUCAAGAGAAAGUUGGACAAGGGCAAGGGGAGAGAAGCACCCGAGGACGUGCAUGCCGAGAUGCAUGUCCACCAGAUGAGCCGGAUAGCUCAUGUGCAAGACCUUUUCCCGGACCUGGGCGCUGGCUUCAUAGUCAAGUGUCUGGAUGAGUAUCACGACGACGUUGAGCAAGUUAUUGCGAACCUCAUAGAUGAGACACUACCGCCUCAUCUCGCUACUGCGGACAGGAGCGAGCCAUUAUCACAUACACAACCAGACAUCAAACCACACAAAGACCUAGCCCCUCGCUCAACACCCCCCCAACUACCCACAAGGCGCAACGUCUUCGACGACGACGAAUUCGACCGCCUGGCAAUCGACACGUCCAAGCUCUCCUUUGGCAAGAAGAACCCAGACAAGACGGCCGACGACGUCCUCAGAGACAAGUCCACCGCCCCCAACAAGGCCGCCAUCCUCUCCGCCCUCGCGGCGCUCGACCCGGACGACGACGAGCGCGACGACACCUACGACGCCGCCGACGUCGGAGGCACCGUCGACGCGGGCAGCAGCGGCCAGGAUGAGGCGGCCGACGCCAACGAGGAGCUGCUCUUCCGCGCGUUCCAGGGGCACGGCGGCGUCUUUGGCCGCGACGCCGAGACGAGGAGGAGCGGCGCGAGGGCCAAGCUGCGCGACGAGACGGGCAUGGCCGACGAGGCCAUCGAGGGGUGGGCUCUCAUGCUGCAGCGGAAUCCCGCGCAGAUGAAGCGCCUCGAGGCAAAGUACGCGUGGAGCGGCCAGCAGGCGCAGCUCGAGCGCACGUCGUGGAGGGCUGCUACUGCUGCUGCUGCUGCUGCUGCUGCUGCUGCCGCCGGUUCAGGCGCCGAGGAGAGCUCGGAUCCGGACGGAGGCAGAGGGCGUGGUCGAGGAGGUGGAGGUGGAGGUGGAGGUGGAGGUCGCGGCAGGGGAGGCGGCAAUGUCGCCGGGCCGACAGGGGAGAAGGAGACGGAGGCGGCGAAGAGGAAUAAGGAGGCGCAUAAGGGGGCGCGGGCGAAUCACAACAGGCGAGAUGCGAGGGCGAAGAAGAUGGCUCGCGGAGGGUUUGCAGGAUGA